UCAUCGGUCCAGCUUUUGUCUCUGAGUUCAUCUUUCUGCUUCACUGGCUUUCUCUCUCUUCCCACUUUCUUCUUCCUCCUCCUUCAUACUCCUUCAAAACAAUAGUCAACUCAGAACCGCCUGGUAGCCAGAGUCCUAGAUCUCUCUAUCUUCUCGCCCUCGACACCGUCAGGGCCGGGUGAUCCAUCGUCGUUACGGGUCAGCUUCGUUUAUUUUUGCACGUCUAUGGUUUUCCGGUGAUCCCGACGUCGAUCUUGCCCUCUACACCCUCACCGCCGCGCGUUCCUUCCUCAUCAAGCAGCAUAUUUAUCUGAAAUCGAAAGCUGAAAACGUGUUCACCAACCAAAUGGCCCUAAGAGCGCUUGUUACUUUGAAGCGAGCGAGAGCCAGAGCCGGGGCAUAGGGAAGAGAUCGUCGACUUCGCUGCCGAUCAUGGUAGGGCAACCCCGGGUCAGAGGCCGCCAAGCAUCUUCGAGAGCAAAGCCCACUCUGCUUCUGCUUUAAGCCCUUGAUUUUCUUAGCAAGACUCUCUCUCUCUCUCUCUCUCUUCUGAAGCUUGGCAUUCUAGAGAAGCACAUGUACCAUCAGCUAAUCUAAUGGCUGUUUCUUCGAAUAUGAAAAGGAAUUAUCAUGUGUUCCUCAGUUUUAGAGGGACAGAUGUCCGCCAAGGCUUCCUCAGUCAUCUCUACGCGGCUCUGGACCAUAAAGGAAUAUACACUUUUGUGGAUAGCGAGGAGCUUAGGAAAGGAGAAGAAAUAUCGUCGGCGCUCAUGAGGGCGAUUGAGGAAUCGGACGUUGCGAUCAUCGUUUUCUCUAAGAAGUCUAAGAAGUACGCUUCCUCAUGGUGGUGUUUGGAAGAGCUCUUGAAAAUCAUGGAGUGCAAGGAGAUAAACGGCUUGAUGGUGUUCCUAGUGUUUUACAAAGUGGAACCCAGAGAAGUGAGAGAGGGGAGAGAGAGUUAUAAGAGAGCUAUGGAUAGCCAGGAGUACAUGUCCGGGAAGAAUUCAGGGAAAGUGAAGAGAUGGAAGGAGGCUCUCUCUGAAGCCGGUAGCUUGUCUGGGUGGGAGUUGAAUGACAGAGAUGAAGCGGAUCUCAUACAAUGCAUCGUAAAGGAAUUAUCGAUUCGUCUCAACCGAACACCAUUACAUGUCGCUAAGUAUCCGGUUGGAAUAGAUUCUCAAGUUCAACAACUGAUAUGGUUUUCACAGAAAGAGUCGGCUGAUGAUGAUGUUCUAAUGAUAGGUCUAUGGGACCUGGAGGCAUAGGGAAGACAACAAUUGCCAAGGCCCUAUAUAAUGCUAUGAUGAGACAAUUUCAGGCUUGUAGUUUUUUGGAGCAAGUUAGAGAAAAAUCAAACCGAAGCGAUGGUCUUAUUACUUUACAAAAGGAUCUUCUAUCUGAGAUCCUAGUUAAUCCUUUAACGGUCUACAGUGUCGCUAGAGGAAUUAGUUUGAUACAAGAAAGACUAUGUUGCAAGAAGGUUCUCCUGGUUCUUGAUGAUGUUGACCAUAUGAAUCAACUGAAUGCAUUAGCUGGAAAAGGCAAUUGGUUUGGAAAAGGAAGUAGAAUCAUUGUUACAUCAAGAGAUAAACAAUUGCUGACUUCUCAUGGCAUAAAUUGUGUGUAUGAAAUUGAAACUUUAGGAUGCCAUGAAGCGCAAUAUCUUUUUAGUCUGUAUGCUUUCCCAAAUAGCAAGAGUGUUGAAAUAAGAAGGGAUCUCAUAGAUAAAGCACUGCAUUAUGCCAACAGACUUCCAUUAGCCCUGGAAGUGUUGGGCUCAUUCUUAUGUGGAAGAAAGGAACCUGCAUGGGAAAGUACGUUGCAUAAACUCUCCAAAAUUCCUGAACCAACUAUCAAUCGAGUUCUCAAGAUAAGCUUCGAUGGAUUGGAGAACAACGAGAGGGAGAUUUUUCUCGAUAUUGCUUGUUUCUUUAAGGGGAAAAAUAUAAAGUACAUCAAGGAAGUUCUUGAUAGCUGUGGUUUUCACACAGCCAUAGGAAUAGAUAUUCUCAUCGAAAGGUCCUUGAUAAAAAACCAAUAUGAGACCUUGCAAAUGCAUGAUUUGGUUCAGUUGAUGGGUACGAAUAUUGUUAAACAAGAAUGUCACGAUGAUCCUGGGAAACGCAGCAGAUUAUGGCUUUUGGAAGAUGUUGAGGACAUUUUUUAUCAUAAUACGGGGACGGAUGCUGUAAAGGCCAUGGUAUUGCGCUUGGCCCCACCAGAAGCGAUAAUCAUCAGUCCUGAUGCUUUUACAAAUAUGAAAAGGUUGAGAAUACUCAUUUUGCUUGGAGGGCGUAUCUCUUCACAGGCUCAAGUACGUCUCCCUAACAAGCUAAGAUGGCUUGAAUGGUCCAAUGCCCCGAAUCUGGAAUUUGGCUCUGGUCCAAAUAAACUCGUGGGACUCCAUGUCCAGGAAAGUCAUAUCAAACAAUUAGUGGGCAACUUUCAGAAUUUUAGAAAGCUGAAGUCCAUUGAUCUCUAUGAAUGCAAGUCCUUGGUUUGUAUUCCUGAUCUGUCAUCAGCUCCAAAUAUGGAGAAAUUGAUUCUUAAUGGGUGUGAGAGGUUGGUGGAGGUUCACCCAUCUAUUGGAGAUCUUGUCAAGCUGGAAGUUUUGUUGCUAGGAGGGUGCUUUAAUCUUAGAAAUUUUCCUAACACGCUGAAGACUAAAUCUCUUCGAAUCCUUGAGCUCUAUGGUUGCUCUAAACUUGAGAAGUUCCCAGAUAUAGACGGAAAGAUGAAACAUUUGGAAGUACUUCCUCUAUGUGGUACGGCUAUUAAAGAACUCCUUGCAUCAAUUGAAAAUCUUGUCUCUGUGACGUUGAUAAAUUUAUCAUUUUGCAAAAACCUCAUGAGGCUUCCGUCGCACAUUUAUAAGUUGAAAAAUCACAAGUAUUUAAAUCUUGUGGGCUGCUUGAAUUUAAUCACGUUUCCAAAAAACAUGGAGGAUUCAACUAAUCCCAAUGGCCGUCUGGGAUUCCAAAACCUAUCCAGCCUAGAUCUUUACGGUUGCAAUCUAUCAGAAUUAGAGUUCCUUGAGAGUUCUUCCAGUUUUCCCAGCUUGCUGUACCUAAACCUUUCAUAUAACAUGUUUACUCAUUUGCCGACAUGCAUCGACAAGUACUAUCGUUUGAGGAGAUUGGGUGUUGAGAGAUGCGAGCUACUACAAGAGAUUCCUCAGCUUCCACCAAAUAUUACUAUGCUAUCAGCAUGUAAUUGCAAAUCCUUGCAAAAACUCCCAGAUUUGCUGUGGGAUUCGGAUUUGGGUGACUUGACUUCAUGUGAAUUAUUCCGCGAAGGAGUCAAUAUGGAUGACGUGCCUGAUUUCCCAUCACUCUCUCUCUCUCUCUCUCUCUCUCUCUACAUAUAUAUACUUAAAUGCUUGAUAUGCGUACCCUCUAUGUGACAGAUGCGCUGGCUCGACGUUGUUAUAAGUGGAAGAGAGAUGCCUAAAUGGAUUCAACCCUAUGAAGAGGAUUUCAUAUUUUUCAUGAUUCCACAGGACUUGUAUGAUGAGAUUAAAGGACUAGCACUCUGUGUUGUUCUUAGCCCGGAGGAAGGAAAAGUGGUCGACGUUUUAUGUCAUUUAACAGUACUUGUUAAUGGCCAAGAAGCGAUGUCUUGGAGUAAAGAAUUUUGGUCAAUGGAAUCUGACCAUGUGUGGCUUUAUUAUGAUUCACACUUUUUUAAGCCUUCAGUGAAGGGGCCUUUAGUGAGGUGGCGUUUGCAAAAUGAUUGUAGCCAUUUCCAAGUUUUUUUCAAAGCACAACAGGGAAGCAUAAAGAAGUGUGGAUUCUGUCCAAUAUUUGAAGAAAAGGAGGAUGAUCCGAGGGUGGUGUUCCUAGCACCACCAGCUGAUGGAAGCAAUGUGAACGUUUUCUCGGAAGACUCAGAAGAAGAUAAUUCAAUAGACACCGAGGAAGAAGAUACUCCACUUGAAACAGAUGAAGAGGAAAGCUCAUCACCUUUAACAAAGAAGAUAAGACGGUCUUAACUACGGUGAGACUUUGGGUUCAAUGUCUUUGCUUUUCCCUUUUCUGGACCUCUACUAGAGAUUUGCAAGUGUCUGCUCCUUCAAUUAGAAUUCAAGAUCAUUAUAAUACAGAGGUUUCGCACCA